AUUACAGACACCUGGGCUGGGGCACAAAGAACAAGAACAUGGCCAGCCUGAAGAACCCGCUCCUGGCUGCCCUUGUCUUUCUUGCUCUGACACUUCAAGCAACUGAGGCAGGUCCUUACGGCGCCAACGUGGAAGACAGUAUCUGUUGCCGGGACUACUUCCGUCACCCUCUGCCUCCGCGCAUGCUGAAGUUUUUCUACUGGACCUCAGACUCGUGCCGGAGGCCUGGCGUGGUCUUCCUAACUGUCAAGGACCGGGAGAUCUGUGCUGACCCCAGAAUGCCCUGGGUGAAGAAGAUUCUCCAGAAACUGGACUCAUGAGGACUCAUGGGCUUGGCUCGUCCAGAAAGGCUCACAGAACCCCACCUCCUGGCCAUUACAGCUGCCCCCCAACACAAGCCUGUGCCAACGAGUCUCUCCACCAUCUUUUAUCUCUGUCUCCCUGAAGCUGUCAUCCUCAGACAAGCCUCCACACUGUCACUUAAUUCCCCUCUUAUCCUUCCAAACCAUCCUCUGCCCCACCACCAUAGCCAGAGAGGCCACAGUCCUGCUCAGUCACUCCCUGGCUCAAAACCCUCCCAUGGCUCCCCAUUUUUGCCCCAGGC